UUGCAUAGUUCGCACGGUGGGUGUAUCGCGAUUGGUAUUGACUGUGCGUUGUGUGUGUGGUGAAAAUUGGUGAAAAGCUCUCUUACUAUUGCUCUCUCCGGCGCACCCCCCUUGUGUGUGUGUGCCACCCUCACCCCCCAAAACUGCUGGGCAACAGUGCACAACAGAGUGUGGUUGAAUCGACCAACCCCCACAUUUCGUAGCCUUACGUACUUUAAAUUAAGCGGGGGGUUUGUGUAUGUAACCUCCAAAACAGAUUUAGAAAAAAAGGGAAAGACGGUUUUUGCACUCUCGGACUCAUUUACUUGAGAAACUUUCGAGGGUUUCCCUUCUUUGCCACCCUCUUGGGUGGAAGUGUAAUUUUUUUCUCUCUCGUAAACUUCUGGCCCACCAUACGGUAUAUGUACAUAGGCGCUUUUAAGGUUCUCCUGGAAAAGGUGUUUUGAGACAAGUGACGUGUGCUAUCCCCUUGAAGGUUUUUUUUUUGUAAAGUGAAGUGGGUGCGGAAAAAAGGAUAUAAUCUUGCAAAGGGAUUUGUAUUGGAUUAUUUUUUUGAGAAGAGGAAAGAACUGAUUUGUAUCGGAAGCAUAAAAAAAACUCUGUGUGUUGCAAAUCUCAAAGUUUAACUGCAUUUGGUGGCUGGAUCAUAGUUGAUAAAAAAAAACCGCAGCAUCAGCAUAUCCAGUGAAGAAGAUAAUCUCAUCGAGGAAAAUUUGCAUACGCACACGAGGAACAAAGUGGGUGGAGAAGGUGACAAAAGCGCCGCCGCCGCCAUCUCCAACGGCGUCAUGAGCGUCAAUAGCGACACUGCCGCCAGUGUUGUGCGAGAAAUGCAAUUGCCGUUGGUGGAGGAUAAAUAGAGAGACGGAAGACGACGGUGUGGAAGGUGUGUGUGCUGCUGGGGAUUGAAUCGCAUUACCGAAGAGAGCAUCUCUCGCAGCCAAUUUUUACAUACAUGGUAAUAAGAUGACGAUCACAAAAUCAGCGAAUUUACUGCAUCAACUCAUCAUCAUUGGCUCCAUUUGCUUUCUCAUUGCACAUCUCAGAGUUGGUGCAGCCUUAGAUCUCGCAAAAUGCAAGAAUCCUCUCGGUAUGGAAUCCGGGGCAAUUGCAGAUUUUCAAAUAACAGCAAGUUCUGCUCAUGAUAUUGGUAAUGUGGGACCACAACAUGCUAGAUUGAAAAUCGAUAACAACGGAGGUGCGUGGUGUCCGAAGCAUAUGGUGUCCAGGGGUCUUAAGGAAUACCUCCAGAUCGACCUGCUUCAAGUGAAUGUGGUAACGGCCAUAAGGACGCAGGGGCGUUUCGGCAAGGGCCAAGGGCAGGAAUACACUGAAGCCUAUGUGAUUGAAUACUGGCGACCUGGCUUCACAAAGUGGUAUCGCUGGAAAAAUAUUCAGGGCAAAGAGAUUCUAACAGGAAAUAUUAACACGUAUAGCGAAGUGGAGAAUAUUCUGCAGCCAAUUAUUUUUGCAUCGAAAAUACGUCUCUAUCCGUAUAGCCAGUACGACCGGACGGUUUGCCUUCGUGUCGAGGUGGUCGGCUGCAUAUGGGACGAGGGACUGAUAUCGUACAGCAUUCCAAAAGGUGUUCAACGUGGUCUGGAAGUGGAUCUCUCGGACCAAACCUACGACGGCAGAGAGGAGGGCGAUCGAUUAGUUGGCGGUUUGGGGCAAUUAGUCGAUGGCCAGAAAGGAAAUGAUAAUUUUCGGACCGAUAUUCAUGGCUUUGGUAAAGGAUACGAAUGGGUUGGAUGGCGCAACGACACCUUUGGCGGUGGUGCCGGGAAACCCGUUGAGAUGGUCUUUGAGUUCGACACUGUGAGAAAUUUCACCUCAAUGCUCCUUCACACCAACAACAUGUUCAGCAAGGAUGUUCAGAAGUGCAAGAAACAGUUGCGGGAGAAGAACUUCUCCAUCCCAGGCAUUUUAGCCGGAAAUAGCAGCCAUUUAUGCACUCUACCUUCUCCCCAGGUUUUUGUGCGCGCCAGCGUCUUCUUCAGCGUCGGCGGGCAGCACUUCACUGGGCAACCUGUCCAGUAUUCAUACAUGCCAGACAGCAUCAUGGAGAAUGCUCGUGAUGUCACAGUGAAGCUCCACAACAGGAUCGGCAAGUACCUCCAGGUUCACUUGUACUUUGCACUCCGGUGGAUUAUGCUGAGUGAAGUGUCAUUCGUUUCAACACCUGUUCUGGGAAACUUCACCGAGGAGAUGACAAAUGGUAGUUCACUGCCUCCGGAUACAUCCUUGGAAUAUCCACUACAAAGAGAUGAAGUUCAAACAAUUCAAACGAAAAGCAAUCAUGUUCCACAGAUCAUUUCACCCAAACCCAUUGACCAGGAGCCAGAGCAGAAUUUUGUGGGUGUCAUCAUUGCGAUAUUGACCACAAUUAUUCUACUGUUGAUUGCCAUCAUUCUGUUUAUAAUUGCAAAAAAUAAGCGCAAUCGACGAGCAGAUGUUCUCGGAACCAUGCCCCACAGCCUCCAUCAGGAUGGGUUGAAUGUGGAUAAAAGAGCGGCCAGCAAUAUUAAAAUGGCAAUGGACGACAGUGAGUCGAUAGAUAAGAGCAGCCUCUACCAUGAACCCUUCAAUGUCAAUAUGUACACAAGUGCGGCAAGUGGCUGCUCCCUCAACGAUAUGCAGCGUCAUCAUGUGACUCCGGAUUAUACUGAUGUGCCGGACAUCGUGUGUCAGGAGUAUGCAGUGCCCCAUAUGCAGGAUUUGAUACCCAAAAUUCCUGGUGGUUACUGCAGUGUUCGCCUAACGCCGCCACCGCUCAACAAUAUCUUCCCCAAACCACCCCCAAUCCCUCCGCCCCCAUCUGAAAAGUAUUACGCCGCAACGGCGAUCUGCAAGCCCGCCACCCCAACGACGCCAUCCACCAAUAUGAAUGCCUACAGUGAUGUGGAUGGCAUCUCAACGGAUGACGAUUACCAGCUGCAGGAAUUCCCGCGACAAUCCCUGGGUAUUGUGGAGAAGCUCGGGACGGGUCUCUUUGGGGACUUCCACCUCUGCGAAACGAAGGGAAUCAAUUCUAGUCUAGUUGGUGUCGCAACCCUUCGGUCGAGUGCACCUGAAAAUGUGAAGCGGGACUUUCGAGCAAAAGCCAGACACCUGGGACGCCUGAGUGAUCCAAAUGUGGCCAAAUUACUAGGGGCAUGUCUACGAGAUGAGCCCGUAUGUGUUGUACUAGACUAUAGCAAUUGUACAGGGGAUUUAAAUCAAUUUCUCCAAGAGCAUGUUGCGGAGACAACUGCCGUUGGGGUACAAAAUAAUUCGCUCAGUUACGGCUGUUUGAUCUACAUUGCCACACAAAUUGCCUCUGGCAUGAAGUAUCUGGAGCAAAUGAACUUUGUACACAAGGAUCUCGCAUCGAGGAGCUGCAUUAUUGGGCCACAUCUGGAAGUAAAAAUCUGCACUGUGGGUGCGGUGAUAAAUCGUCUCCAGUAUCCAGGAGAUUACUGCCAUUUGGAGGGUGCCGCUGGUCGACAAUCUCAACCAAUGCCAAUUCGCUGGAUGUCGUGGGAGAGUGUUUUACUGGGAAAAUUCACAUCAAAGUCCGAUGUCUGGUCAUUUGCAAUAACGCUAUGGGAGAUCCUGACAUUCGCCAGGGAGCAGCCCUUUGAGAAUAUGAGUGAUGAGAAAGUAAUUGAGAAUAUUGGCCACAUCUAUCAGGAUGAUAAGAAACAUGUUCUGCCAUCCAUUCCGAUGAACUGUCCAAGGGAGAUUUAUGAUCUAAUGUGCGAAUGUUGGCAGAGAAAUGAGCAGAAUCGGCCGAAUUUCCGUGAAAUUCAUCUGUUUCUACAACGAAAGAAUUUGGGCUAUAAACCAGGUGCAUAUUGACCCGAGGAGAAAUUCUGACUGGAGGAUCUUGAGGAAUAUUUUGGGAAGUGAGAGGAAAGAAAAGUAAGCAGCAACAUGGCGGCUACUCGGUAAGGACGCCACUUCUCAACAUUUAGAUUCUGUAGAAAAAAAAUUCCUCAGAGCCCUCUGUCAGAAGAAAUUGCCACAGAGAUGGCGCAUGCUGUCUUGUGCGCGCGUUUAUCAAUUCAACACGAAUUCGACGAUGUGUAAAGUAAAAUUAACAUUUAUAUUUUGUGUUAUCGCAUGAGUUAUAUUGUGUACAAAAAAUUACUUUUUUUUCUCUGGAUACUUAUCGCGUUCUAAUGGACUUUUUUUUCCCUUUUUGUAUAAUCUUACAUACAAAAAAAGAAAAAGAAUAGAAGGUAAAAAAGGAUACCACACAGGCAAAUUAAAAAAAAAUACGAGGAGAAUGUACUGAGAAAAUUAUCCUCCUCGCCUCCCCCGUCAAACAUACAUAUAUAGCAUUAUUACGGAAGACGCAAUUUGUGUACAUAUGGGAGUCUCUUAGUAGAGUAAAAUGUAAUUUAAUAUUCAUGAAAUUAAUUAUUAUAAUUGCUGAUGUAAUAUUUAUAUACAAACCCCCAUUCCCCACAAGGCCCCUCCCCGCUAUUGUAUUACGAUAUACAAUAUUAUUAUAAAUCUGUGGGUUUUGUGAUCAAACCAAUCAAUGAUGCUCUUCUGUGAAAAAAAAACCUUUUUUUAUCGUGUAGAAAAAAAAGUUUUAGGAAAUAGCUUUUAAAACAUUUUAAGGAAAAUCCUUUACAAAGUGACGUGAAAGUGAAACCACCAAGUGUUUUGAAAGAAAAAAAAAAGAAAAUUGUAGAUGUUUUAACGUCUUUCACCUGCCCCUUCCUUUCCUAUAAAAAAAACUGUUUAUUCCACACACUAAAUUCCCUUUCAAAAAAAAAAGAGUACACCACAUCAAUUAAAUAAAAGGAUUAUACGUGAAUUAAAUUAAAAUGCAUUAAAAAUUAAUGAGAUAGCAUCCCAUAAAAAAUCAUGUCAAGUAGCAUAAAAAAACACUAAUAACAUAUUUUAAUUAUUAUUAUGGGUAUAAAAUGGUAUUAAUUAGCUGAAACAAACUUUUUUACAAAAUGAUAAAUUCAUAAUCAAUUCAAUGAACAGUGAAUUUUUGAAAAAUAUACCAUCAAAUACGCGCCACGAAAAAGGAAUUACAAAUUAUUGUAUGAAAAAUUAAAUUAUAUUCCACUUCAUUAAUGCAGGAGAGAAAAAAAAUUCAAUUACUCAUCCAUUUUUUUUCAUAGCUUUUCACAAAGAAUUUGCGUUGUAUUUUCUUUAAUUUUUUUUUUCAUUUCGGGGAAAAGAAAAUUUGAGAAAAGUAUGUGGGAGGAUUUUAUCUCGGCAUUUAAUUUUUCUCCCACAAAAUUAUCUGUUUCAUUUAAGAAAGCAAGCUCAAGAAUUAAGUUUUAAAGAAAUACUUUUUUAUCUCUCUAAAAAUUAAAUGAUUUUUUAAGAUCAUUCUUUAGUUCUAUUUCCUUUUUUUAGAGCGCUCUAAUAGAUAAAAAAAUCUAUAGACUAUUUUUCAAUUAAAAAUUCAUUUUUGAAAGCAACUAGUUUAAUUUAAACCCAAUACAAACCGAAAAAAAAACGUUAAAAAUUAUAUUGAAUUUUUCACAGAAAUUCCCAUCAGAAACAAAUUAUUAGAAAAAAAACUAUCCUUUUUAAAACAAAAAUUGGAUACAUUUUCCUACACGAAAAAGAAAAUUUUGUAUAUCUUUAACCUUUGUAGAAAAAGAAGGAAAUUACUUAAAUUACCUAUAUAUAAAAUACUAUAUAUAAAUUGAGAUGAAAAAGUGACAUUACACAUUGUACUCACCUCUGAGAACUGUACGAAUGAUUUUUGACAAUAACUACGAUGAUAUAUUCUACUCUAAAGACAAGAAAAUGAAGAUAUGUAGGAGAAAAAAAAUGUGAGAAAAUGCGAUCUUUGUAAUAAGAAGAAAAAAACUAGAAAUUUCUCUUUAUUUUUCUGUGUAAAACCUACGUGAGCACGAAUGUGAAUGAGACGCGUGAAAAUGAGAUUGAUGAAAGUGCAAAGUGUUGCUAUAAAAAUGGAAUCUGUGUAUAAAAAAAACUCUCGUAUAUCCUAAAAGUCUUUUAUGAGAUUUUUUCCCUCCUAAUAUGGAGGUACGUAACGGUUUAAUUUUGAAUUUGACUUUAUAGUUAUUUUUCAAUUUUCAUCUUCAGGACUUUCUUCCACGUGAUGGGUAUAACCUUCGGUUCUGUGUGAGAAUUUUUGCAAAUCUUCCAUUACCUCCUCUAUCAUGAAGAAAGAAUAAAAAAAGAAAAGAAAAGAAAGAUUUCACAAAGUAUAACAUUUUAUUUUUAUAUUAAUCUCUAAAUGAAGGAAAACUGUUGAACAUAUUAGGAGUAUCACUAUGAAACCUCAGGAAUUUCCAGCGCUUUUUAAUCUCUAUGGAUCUCCGAGUGUCCUUCAAAAACUCAUAUCGCUUUUCUGAAGGCGAAAAAACAAAUGACGUAGAAGAAAGUCCAAAAUAAUUUAUUGAUUUCUUUACCUUUUUUUAAGACGGAAAAUCAUGUAUUUUCUUUGUGAGAAAAUACAAUUUAUAAUGUAAAAAUAUAAGAAACCAUCUGUGGAUUAAAGUUUUCAAAGAGAUUUAUUGAGGGCAUCCUUCAUAUGAGAAGAAAAUUAAAGAAAAUCUGGUGUAGCUGUCAAAUAUAUGACAGUUUAUAAUAUUCUGUCACAUUGACAAGCAUUAACUGUCAAAUAUUUUAUUAAUAUAAUUGUUCUUUAUGUCCAACUGAACACUAGAAGAUUUUUAUAUCAGAGAAUUUAGAAAAGAAUUGAAUUUUUUUUCAAAGUUCUCGACAUUUUACAAAAUCUUUUUAAUUUUAUCGAAAUGACGUAAUAGAUAACUGCCAAUUUAAGAUUCCUUAACUGUCAAACUUCUUUGUCAAGAAUGUCUGUCAAACAUAUUUGUCAAAAAUGUCAAAUUUAUGUCAAAGAAGAGCUGUCAAAAUAAUUCUUUUACUCAAAAAAAAACACUGUCAAGCUCUCAGUUCUCUAAAUUUUGCCAAAUUCUUUUUUUUAAUAGUUAAUAAUUUUUAAAGGCAAAAGAAUAAAAGAUUUCAGAGGAAAAUAGUCAAUAAAAUUUCUCUCUUAUUCAGAUAUCUUUUAUCAUCCUCAGUGGGACAUUUAUUAAUUAAAAUUAAAUGAAAUAUAAACUAAUUAAAAUUUACUUGUGUAAGUCAAGAUGAGAGAAAUUUUUACCACUUUUCCAACAAACAGAACCACCCAGAGUUUUCUCUUAGAAUUAUUUUCUUAUAGUGCUUUUUCGUUGCAUCUGAGAAAUCUCCUGAAGGUGCUAUCAGAAAAUCUCUUUGAUGCUAAAGAAAAUUCCAAGAAAAAUAUUCCGAACAAAGAGAAAUUACUUUUUGCUCAAGAUAAAAAAACUGAACCACACAGAAGAUCUCACACAAAUUUUCCCAUUGAAAAUACAAAAUGCAGCAAUGCACUGUGAGAGAUUUUAGAAAGAAAAAUCCCUUGAAAACUGAUAGAGAGUAAAAUGAAAUAAAAUGUUGAAAUAAAAAUAAAAUACAAUCCAUAAUAAAAGACAGAGAAGUUAGUGGGAGGUAAUAGAGGAAAAAAAAAGUAAAUAAAUUUUUAAAUAAAGAAAAAUGAGGAGUGAGGAUGUAAAAUAAAGACAUCGAAGAAUAAUUGUUGCCAUAAAAUCAAUCAAUUACUAAUUGUGAUAGAUAAAAAAUGCAUUUUGACACACAGACACACACACAUUUACCAUGGAAAAUUCAUAGUGAAACACUUGGAGCACAUAUUAAUUAAUUCAUAAUAAUUAUGUAAAAUGGGUAAAUGAAGCUGAAUAAUUGAUUAUGUGUCCGCCACGAGUCACUCUCUUUUCCAAUUUUCCACCCAACACACACCCACCCCACGUCACGCGCUACACCUCCGCGUUUUUUACCCCCCAAAACCCUCUCCACGUAAAAACUUCUCCCUCUUUCUCUUACUCUCUUUCCAUGGCACACAGAAGUCUGUCACUAAUAAUGAUAUAUAAAUGAUGUUAGCUGCAAAAGAAGCCACCGCAUCAUCCCCCUUCUUUUUUUAUUAAAGCUCGCGCCACCACCGAAGGGAUUCUCUCUCUCUCUGUCUCUCUUGCUCUCUCUCUCUGAAUGUAGGACGUUAGGCUAGGCCCUAUAGGUUGGCCAUCAGGCAAAAACGGGAGGACACACCAAGGGGCGAAUGUCUCGCGGGUAUUUUGCAUUGAAUGCACUCCCUCAUUUGAAUAAUUCAUCAUCGAGGGUUUUUUUUCCAUUCACAACCCCAUGCACAUUGCAGACACUCUGUGUGAAAUAAUAUCAAUACGCCAGGGAAUAUGUGAUACAUCAUUAAUAUUCCCAUCUAUUUCCAAAACACUGCCAUGCGGAAAUGCAACAUUGCGCGCAGGAAGUUUUAUUAUACAUAUGAUAAGGGGAGUAUUUUGAAAUUAUAUUUCGAAAUUUUUUGAUGGAUUUUUUGACGUACAAAAUAAGAGCGAAAAUUUGAUGGAGUUUAUCAAUAGACUAACGUGUUAAGAAAAACUUUCCCAUUAUCGAUUUAUUAUUUAUCCAUCUCAAAAGGAGGUAAAACAAUGCAGAAUUUUUUUAAAGGCUACCGCAGCAUGAAAGAUUUAUUGAAUUACAAGAAUUAAGAACAAGAAUUUGCAGCUGUUUCAAUAAUAAAUUGAAAAAACAAUUAAGCUGAAAAUCUUACGAGAUUUAUCAGAAUUUUAAAAGUUUUUCAGGAGAUAUUACCUAUACUAAAUAAAUAAAAUGCUGAAAGUGUAAAGCUAGUUAAGGGGCAAAAAUGUGGAAAAUACUGAUCCGAAAUAUUUCUUAAUUUUUGGACAGUUUUCUAAAUUGUUUUACAAAUAUUUUCAGAAUAUUUCAAAAUACAGUCAUACCCCGCAUAAUCAAGUCUUGGUUAAACUCUUCUUACGCAUUGAAAUUAAUGGGUAAGAAGAGUUUAACCCAGACUUGAUUAAGCGGGGUAUGACUGUAUCCACUGUAUCUUAAUAUUGAAAAUAUCUUGAUAUUUUAAACGAAUUGAAAAAAUAUUCGAAUUUUUGAAUAUUAUACUUUCUUAAAGAAUAUUCUUUAUUUGUUUCAGAUUUUUUUUUUCAGAAUAUUCCGAAAUAUGAGGAAUAUUUUAAUAAAACUCCUAGUAUUGCAAUAUAUUUGUAAAAUAUUCUAAAAAAUUUGACGAAUAUUUGAAAUAUUUUGGAUAAAAAUAUUCAAUUAUUCCACAAAUAUACUAAAUAUUCAAUUAAAUUUAAUUUUUCACAUUUUUGCCCUUAUUUGGCUAGCUUAUCCUUCUUCCAAAACUUUUUUUUUAACAGUUACAAAAUAAGAAUAAUUUUAUAUUAUUCUUUUGAUUCUUUGAUUUAUGGAUUAAUGUAAAAUGAAAAUGAAUAGAAAUCAUAAACUGCGCAAAAUAUCUAAUUAUUAACAAAAAAUACCUCAAGAGCAUUUAAUUUUAUAAAAUAGUUCUUUAAAAUUAAAAAAAAAAACUUUCAUUCAUCGUGAAUAAAACAUUCCUCAAUGUUGGGAAAACUUUUGGAAGUUUUCAGUGAUAAAAUCAUUGCAGAUGGGUAAUUGAGUUAUGCGCCCCUCGGUGUCACACCCGCCCCCUCCCCGCAGCAACCCUCAAACCACCCCCGCAGACAAAGCUAAUCGAACCACUCUCGAGAAUAUAACUAGCAUUUCAUGGAGUAAUACGGUGCUAAUUAAUUUGUCAUUUAAUUAUCAAAUUUCCAAUUUCUCUUUCCAUUUUUUUCACUUUUCGUUUUUCUUCAAUUAAUUCUUGAUCAAUUCUCCGUCUUUGUCGUCGUUUUUCUUCUUCUUUUUUUCGGGGACAAAAGUAAAUGAGAGAAAAUGAAUUUUUGUCUCAUUAAUUUGCACUUCUUUCAUUCUAUUUUAUUUUGUCGAAGGAGAAAAUGGACAGUGAAAGGAAUAAUAAUAUUGAAUGGGCGAUUAAAGGAGACAAAAUGAUUAUUAUGGAAUGAGUCAAAGAUAGAUAAAAAAAAAACGCGAAAAAGAAAAAUCUCUCAAAAGUAGCGAAAGAUAUAAAAGUGGAUAAAAUAAUUCUAAAUUUUCCCAAUUUUCCCCUUGUGCCUUUUUCAACAACUUGUAGCUAUUUGUAUAAACGUGAUUUUUGCUUUCUAUCAUUGCACAUAAAUCACCCUCCACCCACACCCUCCACCCCCAUCCUUCCCCGAAAGAAACAAUGAACUUUUUCUCUGACCUCAUUUUUUUGGGUUUUCACAAAUUAAACCACGAAAAUGCUUUUUAUCAUUUUUCUUUCACAUCAAAUCACACACAAAAAAAAGAAAAAUGAAUCUCUAUUCAAUAUAUACAUAGUGCACUCUCGGAUCUUCAUUUCCCUAAUAUCCUGUCUCCCCUUUUUAUAUAAAUAUAUAUUAAAAGAAAUAUGUAUAUGUAUGUAAUACUCUUCAAACAAGAACCGAGACAUCUUUUCGACACACAAUCAUUUGCAAGAAAACUAAAAGAAAAAAAAAGAGAAAACUGAACAAGUCAUAUAAAAAAAUAUAGAGAAGAAAAUUAGGUGAGAAAAUAUUCAUAUUAUAUAUUGAAAGACUUGAUAAAGAGAAUAGAAAAAAAAUACAGAGAAAUAAGAAGAUAAGAGAGAAAAUGAUAUAAAAAAAACAUUUAUUUUAGUGUUUCUACCUGGAAUAUAAAUUGAAAAUAAAGAAAAAAAAAUAUUCAUGGGAGACGUAAGAGAAUAUUUUAAACAAUGGAUCAUAUCAUAACGUCUAUUGCAACGAUAAAUUACAUUUUAAAAGGAGAAAAAAGAAGAAAAUAAAAAGAUGAGAUAUUCAUAUAAAAUGAAAAUGAAAAAAAACUACACACAAUAUUAAACCUUAUUGUAAUAUACUUUAAAGAAAACGUAUAAGGAUUAAAUAAUGUAAAUGUAGGAAUCAGCAGAGAAUCACGGAUAAAUCACACCAUAUAUACACACGUUCUGAACCAAAAAGAAAAACCUUCAUUGAAUUGACUCAAUAGAGAUGGGCUGAGAAUCUUCAUCUUUUUUUUAGAAAUAUUCUUUUUUACCUUGCACUUUUGCAAACAAAAAAUACGUGAAAUUAAUCCUUCUUGUCAAUUUUAAUUUUUUGUUUGAUUUAAAAAAAAUAGCAUAAUUGGUCAUAAUCAGCGAUCAAAAAAUCCUUAAAAUUGUUAAAAUUUCAGAAGAAAUUUUUAAAAUUUCAGGAAUUUCUUGGUCGCUGAAUAAGACCGAAUACCAACAGGUUUUAUAGAAAUAGACUAAAGAAAAAGAAUUUUAAAAAAAUCAUCGUGCUUUUUUAUUAGUUGGUGUUCCACUUCUUGGCAAACACCAAUUGUUUUCACUUCAGCGGUUUUACGAGUUUAAUAAUUUGUAUGAGAAAUAUAUUUUAUUAAUUUUAUGAGAAGCAAAAAAAUACUUGAAAGAAAAUAAACGGUUUAUUUAAUCCCUUACAACCAGGGGGUGGAAUGAUGUGAAAAUACUUAAUUUUGGGGGUUUAUUUGAGCUCAAAUAAGAGAUUUUAAGCCAAAACUCUGAUUUUUAAAUUUUAAAAAUCAUUUACACUGAUUAAAACCAUAACCAGUUUAAUCCGUUGACGUUCUUUGGGUCAUACGUUCAUCCAAACGUUGAUUAAUUUUCAAUAAAUUUUGGGUCCUAUUCUUCGACCAAAAAAUCUUUGAAAUUACUCGCGUUCCACGAAACAAUUUUUAAAUUUUUAACAUUUUGUUUGACCUUCUCAAAUUAACAAAAAAAAAUCAGUCUCAAUUUUGGAAACUCGGGGACUUUCAAGAGCGAUUUUCGAGCCAAUUUUGAAACAAAAAAUUAAAAAUUGGCUUACAAUCUCGUCAAAUGGCCAAAUAAUGAUAAGAAUUCAAUAUUUUCAAUUUUGAAAAUAACUUUUUGUCCUCAAAAAAAUUACUUGAAAUUUUCACAUUUUGGCCAUUUUUCAUCUUGAGAAUACCAGAGGAAUUUCAGAGAAUAAUUAGUCAUAAAAAAGCUCUUAAUGAGCUUUUUAUAAUGCAAUUUCCUUGCGUGAAAACUCCAACUAAUCUGAUUAAUUCACAAUUUCAAUGCUCAAUUUGCAACAAAUCCCAAAUGAAUACUUCAAAAAUAUUCUUUUUUUUUUCAAAAAUAAUAUAAAAUGAGCAUUUAUGCGGGUUGUGAAAUAAAAUAAUCUGAAAGUUAAAUCUACAAAUUAAUUAGUAGUUCUUAUUACUAAAAAUUCUCAGAAGCAGAGAAUGUUUUGGAAAAUGGUAACGGUGUGGAUAAUUCAAUUCUUUUUAAUGAUCUAAUUGAAAAUUAAUUCGGCAAAGCGUUGUACAAAACUCCAUUACACGCCUAGGCAGAUAAUACACAAUACAAUGGGUGGCAGCUUAUGGAAAAAGUUCCAACUGUUAGGAUGCAACAAUUUUCAAUGAGCCCCCGCUGCAUAAUGUUGCUGUUUUGUUACAUAAAAUCAGUUGGUUUUCUGGGAAAAUGGAAUUUUUCACUGAAAAGAAAAUUAACAGAGAUUGGCUGUUUUUUCUCCAACUGUUUGGGGGUGGAGAAGUGGAAACAAUGGGAGUUUAAAAAAUAUCACGUUUAAUUAUGAAAAUUCAUUUAAAAGCUUUUCAUGGGAAGAUGUUUUUUUUAUAAAUCUCCCAAAGUUUGCAUUUUUCUCAUUAAUUAUUUUUGUAAAAUAUUUUUAAAAAUUUAAUAUUCCAACCUUUUUUUUUUUGAAAGCUCUUCAAAUAUAUUUUAUUAAAAAUAAUAAAAGCUCAGUUGGAGGGAAAUUGAGGCACGUGGAUGUUGAUUCAUAAAUUUGAGGAUUGCUUCAUUAGACCUUAAUUGAAAAGCACGAUGAUUAAUGAGUCUUUAUUUAUUUAGCACUCAAAACACCCACCAGAGGUGUGACAAAAUUCUAUUUUAUUCACACAGAAGGGUUAAUUUCCUCCCCUGCUCCCCUUUCCGACCAUCCUCACCUUCAAAGAAAAAAAAAUACUAAAUAAAAAAAAAUGAAGCACACUGUUUGGAAAGAAUUUUCACGAGACAAGAAAAAAAACUCGACCAACCCCUUGGAAACAAUGUCUUUCAGUUCCUUUUUAAAAAGUCCCUCCUUUUCAUUCACGCAUAAAAAAAAGAAAAAUCACCUCCCUGUGAAAAAAAUUAAAGGAAUUAAUUUAGCAUGGAAUUUGAUUAGUAAGCAUUUUAUGUAAAAGUAUAAGUGAAUCAGUGAAUACCGUCAACGUUUAAAAAGUAAGAAUAAUUAAAUAAUUGGUCAAAAAUUUUCAUUGAAUUAAAUUAUAUAAUUAAUUAU